GUUGCAUAGCACCCUAAGCGCAGCGUUGUUGUGAAAUACAUUUGAAACAAAAGUUGUACUAAAAUUAAUUUACGACAAUUCGCUUUCGUUUAAAAAUGAGUUCUCCGAACAGAAAUGAGCUCGCAAGCAUCGAUGACAUUGCGGAAGAAGGUUUGAACGCCGAGCCAUCAACUACAGAGCAGGAGACACCUAAAAGGAAGCUGUCCUCAGAAGGCGCCAAAGAUGACGACGAAACUGACGAUGAAAGCAGCCCGAAGAAGCGCAUAAAGUCCGAGGACGACAUAAAAGUCAAAGAAGAACCAAGCGAUGAUGAGGCAAUGCCUGUGCCUAUAAAAACAGAGGCCGAGACCAGCGCGCCUAACGCUGUCAAGAUAAAAGCUGAGCCAGCGGAUGGGGAUGAUGGAGUGCCAGCCGCUGCUAGUACAAGUGGCAGCUGCUCUGUUAGAGUAGAACCUGCCAACAGUGGGAGCACCCCCGCAGCGGUGGUGGUUAAAACGGAGCCUGCCACCAGCAACGGGCAACCGGAUAAUGAUGCACCAGUUGUGUCCUCCAGCAGCACUCGUAUUUCAUGCCGUUUCGGCAUUCGCUGCUACAGACGGAAUCCAGCCCAUCGCAAUGCUGAAGCUCAUCCGGGCGAUACAGACUAUACGCGGCCCAAUUUUCCAGCCCCACCUCUGGGUACACCGCCCUGUCCUUUUGGAAAUUUAUGCUACCGUCGCAAUCCUGUGCAUUUCCAACAGCUGGCGCAUCCAGCAGAUUUUAAUUCCGCUCAGAACAUAAGGAACCGUUUGCGCCAGCGGCAGACACGGGUGCAGCAGGCGGGAGCGACUGAAGAUAGCGACGAAGAAGAGGAGGAUCCAUUUGGAGGAGACAAUGACGACGAUCUCGAAUAUAAGCCAGGCGCAGACAUCGACGAAGAUGAAGACGAGGAGGAUGAGCUGGAGUUUGAUAGCCAGCGCAUCCUUGCUGACGACUACGAUUAGCAGUAUUGAAUGAAUGUAUUGAUUAAUGUACAAAAUGUUAUAGUACAUUAUAGCAAGCCGUUGAGUAAUAAUAAUAAA